AUGAUUCACCGUGACUUCUCAAAAUCACCCCUAUACCAUCCCACAGUAACUAAAUUUCAAAGAGCUUAUAAUGUUGUGCAUCGUUCAAUCAAUCGUGUCAAUUACUUCACCAAAGAAUUCUCUCUCAAUAAAAAUCAACCUGUAUCAACUUUAACCCCAGAAUUAGGUGAGUAUCUCAUUAGUUACUCAGUUGGUACCCCACCCUUUAAAGUUUAUGGUUUUAUGGAUACAGGUAGUAACAUAGUUUGGCUUCAAUGCCAGCCUUGUAAUACAUGUUUCAAUCAAACCUCUCCUAUAUUUAAUCCUUCAAAAUCUUCAAGUUACAAAAAUAUUCCCUGCACUUCUAGUACAUGUAAAGAUACAAAUGAUACACAUAUCUCUUGUUCCAAUGGAGGAGAUGUUUGUGAAUAUUCUAUUACAUAUGGUGGUGAUGCAAAGUCACAAGGGGAUCUUAGUAAUGAUAGUUUAACAUUAGAUUCCACCUCAGGAUCUAGUGUCUUAUUUCCUAACAUUGUGAUAGGAUGUGGACACAUCAAUGUGCUACAAGAUAACAGUCAAAGCUCGGGUGUAGUUGGAAUGGGAAGGGGACCAAUGUCGCUUAUAAAACAAGUAGGCUCGUCGUCAGUUGGUAGCAAAUUCUCUUACUGUUUGAUUCCUUAUAAUAGUGAUUCUAACUCAUCUAGCAAACUUAUUUUUGGAGAAGAUGUUGUUGUUUCUGGUGAAAUUGUUGUUUCAACUCCUAUGGUCAAAGUCAAUGGUCAAGAAAACUAUUAUUUUCUAACAUUAGAAGCAUUUAGUGUAGGAAACAAUAGAAUAGAAUAUGGAGAAAGAUCAAAUGCUUCUACUCAGAACAUCCUAAUUGACUCAGGUACACCGCUUACUAUGUUGCCAAAUCUUUUUUUGUCUAAGUUGGUAUCAUAUGUGGCACAAGAGGUUAAACUACCACGUAUCGAACCACCUGAUCAUCAUUUAAGCCUCUGCUACAAUACCACUGGUAAACAACUAAAUGUUCCUGACAUUACUGCACAUUUUAAUGGUGCAGAUGUUAAGCUAAAUUCUAAUGGAACAUUUUUUCCAUUUGAAGAUGGGAUUAUGUGCUUUGGUUUCAUCUCAUCUAACGGCCUUGAAAUAUUUGGGAACAUAGCUCAAAAUAACUUGUUAAUUGACUAUGACCUAGAAAAAGAAAUUAUCUCUUUUAAGCCUACUGAUUGA